ACUUCUGACGGUUCUUGGAAAUCAAAGAAACAAAUAACGAAUAUUAAAGCAAAAAUACAAAUAAAUAAAUGCAAACAACAGAUAAACCCAGAAUUUUCACAUUCAAAUGUUUAAAAUAUGUCCAAAUCUGCCUAAAAUUAUCACGGCAAUUCGUUUCAUUCACACGAAAUCCAAUAAAGAGAUGAAGUAUUUAAACGUUGCCGAAAAAAAUGAUGCCGCCAAAACUAUAGCCGGUUUGCUCUCAAAUGGCUCAGCCAGGAGGCGUGAAGGACUAUCAGUUUACAACAAGAUCUAUGAGUUCGAAACACCUGUCCGGGGUAAUAACUCCAAAAUGGUAAUGACAUCAGUUUCGGGUCACCUACUGGGGGCAGAAUUCUUGGUGUCUUAUAAAAAUUGGAAAAAUUGCGAUCCGCUACAGUUAUUCGAUGCUCCUAUUCGUAGAACUUGCAUCGAGGACUAUCUUCCAAUUAAAAAGACACUAGAGAGAGAGAUAAAAUCAUGUCAAGGCCUUAUCAUCUGGACUGAUUGCGAUCGGGAAGGUGAAAGUAUUGGCUUUGAAAUUAUCGAAGUUUGCCGAGCUAUCAAGCCCAAUAUAACCGUUUAUAGGGCGAAGUUUUCAGAAAUUACAACUGCAGCUGUGCGUAGGGCUCUAGCAAAUUUAGAACAACCAAAUAAAUUCCUAGAUAAUGCUGUUACUGCGCGUUCGGAAUUAGACUUAAGGACUGGAGCUGCUCUAACCCGUUUACAAACAAUGAGGCUUCAACGUUUGUUUCCUGAAAAAAUUGCCAAUAAACUGAUUUCAUAUGGAAGUUGUCAGAUUCCUACUCUUGGUUUUGUUGUUGAAAGAUAUAAAGAAGUGGAAGCCUUUGUUUCGGAACCUUUUUGGAAAAUUAAAGUCACCCAUGAAAUCGAUGAUUUAACCGUUGAAUUUAAUUGGGCCAGAAACCGUCUCUUUGAUAAGGAAACUUGUGAAGAUUAUUUAAUGCUGUGUUUAGCAGACCCUAAAGCCAAAGUAGAAAAUGUAACUACAAAGCCAAAAAAUAAAUGGAGGCCAACGCCUAUGGACACUGUUGAUAUGGAGAAGCUUGGUUCACGAAAGCUCAAACUAUCUGCAAAAGAAACAAUGACCAUAGCCGAGAAACUAUAUACUCAGGGUAUAAUAAGCUAUCCAAGAACUGAAACGAAUAUGUUUUCAAAGGAAAUCGAUUUAAGGAAUUUAGUUGAACAACAUGUAACGCAUUCUGACUGGGGUCAAUUUGCUUCUAGAAUACUUGAAUGGGGUCCAAAUCCAAGAAAUGGAAAUAAAACUGAUCAAGCCCAUCCUCCGAUUCAUCCCACAAAAAUGGUAACACAUUUAAAUGGAAAUGAAGGACGAGUCUAUGAACUUAUUGUGAGACAUUUCUUAGCUUGUGUAAGCAAAGAUGCUACAGGCUCCGAAACCGUUGUGAACAUCGAUAUUGCUAGUGAAAAAUUUAAUGCAACUGGUCUUUGCAUUUAUGAAAGAAACUAUUUAGAUGUUUACGUUUAUGAUAAAUGGAAUGCAAAACAAAUUCACAAAUAUGAAGUUGGACAAAUUUUUGAUCCAACUGAGAUUUCAAUGCAAGAAGGAGCAACCACUGCCCCACCUUUACUCACCGAAGCUGAUUUAAUUGCACUUAUGGAAAAACAUGGUAUAGGAACAGAUGCUACUCAUGCUGAUCAUAUAAAUACAAUCAAAGAAAGAGGCUAUAUUGGUGAAGCAGAUCGAGGAUGCCUCGUACCUGGUGUUAUUGGGAUGGGUCUUUUUGAGGCAUAUGAUGCAAUGGAGCUUGUUCUCGCAAAACCAAUGUUAAGAGCUGAAUUUGAAUCAGAUUUGAAAAAAAUAUGCCUUGGUCAAAAAGAUCCUAAGUUGGUACUUCAGGAGCAAAUACAUAAAUACAAAGAAGCAUAUAAAGUGAUGAUAAGUAAGAUAACAGCAAUGGACGAAAAAAUAGCGCAAAGGAUCAAUGAAACACCCGUUGCAAACACAACAAACGAAGAAACCAAUGCAAGUGAAAAUCAGAUUAAAGAACUCUUCAAUUGUCCAAAAUGUCAGCUUUUUCCAAUGGCCUUAAGAAAGAAGAAAACAUCUGGCUUUUUCAUAGGAUGUUUGAACUUUCCAGAUUGUAAGAAUGCAGUUUGGUUGCCCGAUGAAUUAAAAGAUGUGUCUGCAUUGGACGAGAAUUGCAGACGGUGUGGAACAGCUUCGAAAAUGUUGAAAGUUAAAUUGAGUGCAGCUUAUUAUCGUAGUCUAUUCAAUGUACCCGAUGGCUGGUAUACAACAUGCUUAAGAUGCGAUUCGAAAUUUAGAGAAACUUUCAAUAUAAACAGUGAUCAGAUUAAGCAAGUAGGAAGAAUAGUAGGUGACACAAGCUCGGUGAGGAGAAACAACACUACUGGAGUUGCAACUAAUCCAGUUAACAAUCAUGCCCGAGAAAAUAUUCCUUCCAACACGAACACAAGUUCUGGAUCAGCUGGAACUAGUUCAGAAGCCACAAAUACGAAUGGAAAUAAAACUCAGAGAAAAACCAAACCGCUACCUCUUACAAAAAAAUCCUCAAAGAAACCCGAUUCACAAACAAGUAUACGAAACUUCACAACGAACGCCCAAUGCCACACUACAACAGAACUUGGAAGACAAGUCGAAAAUGUGUCCGACUUCUUUGGUUCCAACGAUGAGUUCGAUGAUAUACUUGGAAGUGUAGAUUUCGAGAAUGUCAUACAAGAAAAUCCUAGAAAUAGUAUUAUAGCCUCAAAUGAAGCUGCUGAAGUUGCUUCGUUGCUUAGCAGUGAUGAUUGGGAUGACAUGAGUUGGGGUUCUUCCAACAGAAACGUUAGCAUAACAAAUCAACCAAAGCGAAUUCGAGUUGAGUCAUUAGAAUCGCAUUCAAGUACAUCAGGAAAUUCUCAAGAACGCAAUUGGAGACCAGAAGUACGACAGCAACCAUCGAGUACAAGCACCUACCAAUGGGGUUCAUCUUCAUCACAAAAAAAUAGUAUUAGAAAUGAAAAUGAAUGGGGUUCUUCUUCAAUGCAAAGAAACAACUUGAGAAAUGAAAGUGAAUGGGGUUCCUCUUCAACACACAGAAAUAACACAAACGAAAGUGAAUGGGGUUCCUCUUCAACACACAGAAUUAACAGAAAUGAAAGUGAAUGGGGUUCCUCUUCAACACACAGAAAUAACAGAAAUGAAAGUGAAUGGGGUUCUAAUCAACCAAGUUCGAGUUCACGGACAAUAUCGUCACAAGAGGUGAAAUGUACUGGAUGCCAUUUACCUGCAAUAGAACUAACAGUUAAAAAAGAUGGACCUAACAAGGGAAGACCUUUUUAUAAGUGCCCGAAAACACCAGCUUGCAAUUUCUUUCAGUGGUCUGAUGAAUGUGAAAAAACUGAAACACCCAGUGCAAUGCAGAAUAGAACAGUUAAUCGAGAAGGACCGAGUUCAUCGAAAGCCUCGGUAAAAAGCCAGGAAAUGUGCAACUGUAAAAAGCCAGCAAACAAAUUGAUUGUUCGUAAGGAAGGACCUAAUAACGGGCGAUGGUUCUAUGGAUGUGCUGAUAGGAGCAAGUCUUGUGGUUUUUUCAAAUGGUGUGAGAAUGAUGAUUCUGACACGGAACAACAAUAUCAAUCUUCCUGGGGAAGUAAUCCAUCAACAAGUGCUGCAUUUACAAAAACAAAAAGGCCAGGUGCAAGUACUAAUAACAGGAAUGAUUCAAGUUCAAGUAACGAUGUAAAGAAAAGGAAAUGUGGGUUGUGUCGCCAAGAAGGACACACGCGAUCAAAAUGUCCCCGAAAAGCUGAGUUUGAUAUUUAAUAAUAAAUGUGUUCAUAAUAAAUCAUCUUUAUUUUUUUGUAAUGUUGGCGUUUUAAGUUAUUUUAUUAAUCUUAAUUGAAAAUAACCA